AUGGAAAAGUGGUUGUUGAAGCUACCCCUUUUCCUUUUACUUCUUCUUCAACAAGCUGCUUCUCACUCCACAGUUGAGUCUCUCCCCGGUUUGAAUGGACCCCUCCCAUUCUAUCUAGAGACUGGGUAUGUUGGAGUUGGUAAAGAUGAGGAGGUGCAACUUUUCUACUACUUUUUGCUAUCUGAAUCUGACCCUACUACUGAUCCUCUUUUGAUUUGGCUAUCUGGUGGGCCCGGUUGCUCCUCUGUUAUUGCGAUGGUGCAUGAAAUAGGGCCAUUGCGUUUUGUUGAACAAGUCUACAAUGGGAGUUUGCCCAAGUUCGUACUAAACCCACACGCAUGGACCAAGAUUGCAAGUGUAAUUUUCUUGGAUCAACCCGUAAAUACUGGAUUCUCAUAUGCAACAAAUGACCCUGCACACAAGUACACUGAUGUACAAGCAUGUGAAUAUGUCUAUGAAUUCCUAAGAAAGUGGCUCAGUGAUCAUCCCCAAUUCAUCUCAAAUCCAUUUUACGUUUCUGGAAACUCAUAUUCUGGGAUUACUAUCCCAAUUAUAACCCAGUUGAUAUCAAAUGGAAAUGGAGCAGGCCAGGAGCCAUUGGUUAAUCUUCAGGGAUAUUUAAUUGGCAAUCCUUCUACAUUUCGUCCUCAAGAAUCCAAUUAUCAUAUACCUUUUGCCCAUGGCAUGGGACUUAUACCUGAUGAACUUUAUAAGUCAUUGGAGAAGAAUUGUGAAGGAGAAUAUACAGACAUAGAUCCCAACAAUACGGGAUGUGCAAAUGACGUUCGAACUUUCAAGCAGAUCGUAAGCAACAUUAAUGUGGAACACGUAUUAGAGCCCUUUUGCGUAAGUGAUGAUGACCUACAACGCCCACACCAACUGUCUGGUGAAAGAAGAUUACUUGAUGAUAAACUCAUCUCCUUGCAACGUGGAGACAAGUGUGCUUCCGAUUGGCGCAAGCAUAUGAGGUAUUGGGCUAAUGACCCUGAAGUCCAAGAAGCUCUUCAUGUUCGGAAGGGAAUCAUAGGAAGCUGGAUAAAAUGUAGGAAAAGUAUAUAUAGAAGCUCUCAAAACUACACAAUGACUGUAAAUAACGCUGUAGCAUAUCAUGCAAACCUAAGCACUAAAGGUUAUCGAUCACUUAUAUACAGUGGCGACCAUGAUUAUAUGGUUCCUUUCCAAUCCACAGAAGUAUGGAUAAAGUCUCUGAAUUAUUCUAUUAUUGAAGAUUGGCGUCCAUGGAACGUAAAUGAUCAAGUUGCCGGUUAUAUGAGGUCUUACUCCAACAAAAUGACUUAUGCAACAGUGAAGGGAUCAGGACACACAGCUUGUUCCGACAAACCUGAAGAAUGUUUUGCUAUGUUCAAAAGAUGGAUAAAUCAUGAUCCUCUAUAAAUUGUCCCUCGAUUUUCUCUAUAUAUCUUCCUACUAUUUCUUUUUGAAGUUUGACUAAAAUAAUCUCUUCUUAACUCUCCGAGGUUAAUUUAUUACCCAC